CGCUAGACAGGGCGCUGUGAUUGGUUGUCGACGCAACGGCAGCUUCGUGUUGUCCAAUCAGACGCGGCUUUACACGGACCAGCUUUAUUUGAGUUCUCCAGCGUAGUAAGCACGUCCGCAUGGAAUCGAGCGACAUGCGGUUUAUUUGAUGCUCCUGCACCACGUGUAGGAAUCCAGUGCUGCUGCAGUGUUUUUUAAUUGAGCACUGGUCACUCAACUGGUCACUGCAGAAAACCCUGCUGUCGCUUUCGCUCAGCUGUCCAUAUCAGGAACAGAAGAUCCUAAUCAUCAUGUCUUUGCUUGAAGACAUCGUCCAUUUGAUGAGAUGUGUCCUAGAAUAUUUUGGGGUUCCUCAAGAAAUGCUGAUUCCAGUUUGGGAGAGUACUUUGUGCGGACAAUAUCGCAGCAUCGUCCGCAUGAUUGGAACAAAUCUCCCUCUGACGCCAUAUCCUCGCCUCCAUUUCCAGGUUCCUUUACAGACGAUCAAGAGACACGGUCAUAUCGAAGUGUCCGUGGACGCUCCUGCCAUUCCAUCGCUAGCGGAUGUGUUAUGGGUGGCCGAGGACCAAGGAGACACCUGCACUAAGUUCAGGAAUUCUGUCCUGCCGAGGAAGCACGGAUGGUCGCAAGGUUUUGAAACCCCAGCCGCUGUGUGCGUACGACCUGUUCCCGCAGCUCCGCGUCAACAGAAAUCACACACAGCACAGGCAUCAAGCGCACAACCAGAGGCUUUUCAGAAGAUCCAAGCACUGGAGACUGAGUUACUGAAAUUACGAGCUCAGAUUGCGAUGAUCGUCACCACUCCAACUGUGGACAAUUCCCUCCUGAACAAUCCUUCCACUCCGUGUUCACUUUUUCCUGCUCCUGUUCUUUCCUCCACUCCUUUCAUGGCUGCUCAACCUCCUCCUCCACCACCUCCUCCUCUUCCUCCUCCUGGUGUUGGCUCCGAGCAGGUCUCUGUGACCGAUGUGAUAAAACAGAGACAGGCGGCCAGGAAGGAUAAAGCUGGAGAGAGCGAGGCUUCAUCAACCACAGUUCCUUCCAUGCUGGAUGUCUUGAAGGAUUUGAACCAGGUUAAACUUCGCACUGUAGAGAGGUCUCCAGGAGGAACACCUGUACGGAAAAGGAGGAGUAAAGGGACCGUGUCUUCGUCGGAUCCCGCUGCUCUUAUUGCUGAAGCGUUGAAGAGGAAGUUUGCACACCGACUGCGAGACAACUCGUUUGAUAAGGAGAACCGUUCGGCCGAGCCCUCGCCAUUCAGUAGUCCCGACACACCCCGAAUUCCACUCUUCAAGAGACGCAGUCAGGGGCAAAACAAUUUGUCACCUAUAACCCGCGGGUCAGACGGGAAACAAUGCUAUGGAAAAUAAUCUGCCAAAGAGCCUUUGAAGAUUUGUCUCGCUCUCACUUUCUUUCAGCCCCCGCAGUCUUACGGUACUUUUCUUCCUUAGAAGGACAAAGGAACUGCCUUUUUCUUUCUUUUCUUUUUUUUUUUUUAUUCAUCGCUUCUUCGUCUAUGGAGGGAUUUGUGUUUUAUACACUUCUGCAGUUCUUACACUGGUGUUUUAGUAUUAAAUGUGAAUAUAAGGUGACAGUUUAGGUCAAGCUUUACCUCAUGGACCUCUCAUAUGCAAUGCAUCUAAAUGUCUUUUUUUAAUUGUUUUUUUUUUUUAAAUAAUAUUUGUGUAUUUGCACUGCUUGGCCUAUUUCUUGGUUUUCCAGAAAAGCAUUAAUACUCCAUGUGAGUAUUAUACUCUGGUUUAGUUCAUGUACUUGAGUGAUGUCACACACCUUUUGAAUGUAGAAAAUAUAAAAAACCCUUUGCUGUGUGUGUGUGUGUGUGUGUGUGUGUGUGUGUGAUCAUUUUUGUUUUUUCAUUCGAACAAAAUUCAAGAAAGAAAGAAAUCUAUUCAUGCUUUCCUCUAUCAUGUUCAGCUAAGAUAUGUGUUUUUUCAUUGUGUUUCCGUGUUGCGCUCAGCCAUGACCCCAUUUUCCAAAAAGAACAAUAAGAAAUAAACAAGUUCUUCUGCCUGUCCUGAAUCUGCUCAUCAUUACAGCUCUUCA